GUAUUGUCAUCUGUGAUCCCUGCACAGCUCCAGAGGGUGGCACAGAGGGUGCUUCACAGGCUUUUCCACACAAGAAGCUGUUUGUUUGUUGUCCUGCACAUAGUCUUGCAAGCUGCAGUGUAUGUGGAAUACACCUGGGAAGUGUUUGUGUACUGCUGGGAGCUGCAGUUUCACCUCCUCGUCCUCCUCCUGCCCUACCUGCUGCUGGCUGGGAAUGUGGGCUGCUUCAUCCUUUGCUCCCGGGCCAAUCCUGGUAUAAUAACUAAAUCAAAUCAUGCAUCUUUGGUUAAGAUUUAUGCAUACGAUGGGGUAUUAUUUCAGAGGGGCAACGUGUGUCCUACGUGUGACUUGGAGAAGCCAGCCAGGUCAAAACAUUGCAGUUUCUGCACUACAUGUGUGCAUCGGUUUGAUCACCACUGUGUGUGGGUCAACAACUGCAUUGGUGCCUCCAAUGCCAAGUACUUCUUCCUUUACCUUUUCACACUGACUGCCAUGGCAGCAACCACUGCAGCCAUCUCAGCAGCAUUCCUUAUCCAAGUGGUGCUGCUCUCAGGCAUGAUGCAUGGGAGUUACAUUGAUGACCAAGGGCAGGAGCGUGCUGUCGACAUUCUCUUCCUCAUUCAGCACCUUUUCUUGACUUUCCCUAGGAUUGUCUUCAUGCUUGGCUUUGUUAUUCUCCUCACACUGGUUCUGGCUGCAUACUGCUGUUUCAAUCUCUAUUUGGCCUUAACCAACCAAACUUCCAAUGAAUGGUUUAAAUCCAGAAGACAUGAGUGUUGCCACCAUCCAACACUGCAGCCUCCUGACAGACAAGUUGUCUACAAGAACAUUUAUUCUAAGGGAGUCUGGAGGAAUUUGAUGGAAAUCUUCAAGCCUCCUGCAGUGCUGGAGAGCAAGAAGAAAACAUGA